CCCGCCGGCGAGACAUUUAUGCGGCGUCCUCCUAUCCCGCGUCCGUCAGUUUAGUCGAUUUGUUGCGAAUUCGUUGCCAUGGCGCCUCCCCAGAGCGGCGACGGCGGCGCAGCAGCAGCGGGCGACGACCUCCUGGAGACCGGGCUGCUGGCUGCGGCCGUCUCAAAGGAGGAGGAGGCGCUUGCCCCGAAGACAGUGUCGACGUCGGGGCGCCUGGCGGAUGAGCAGGGUACGGCGGCGACGUCGUCGUCGCGGGUGCGGCGGGGCGCGCGGCUCGCGGCGGCGCAGCUGCAGGAGGUAUUCCUGGGCACGAGGCUGUUCCCGCUCUUCUCCGCCGUGCCGCUCGCCGUCGCCGCCCAGCACCUCCGCCUCGGCCGGGCCUGGGUGUUCGUUUUCAGCCUGAUAGGCCUGGCUCCGCUUGCAGAACGUGUGAGCUUCUUAAGCGAGCAUAUUGCCGAUACCGCAGGACCAACAGCUGGUGGGCUUAUGAAUGCAACAUGUGGGAAUGUACCUGAACUUAUUAUUGCCCUCUUUGCUCUGCAUAAGGAGAAGAUGGAAAUCUUGAAGUGGUCACUUCUAGGUUCCAUAUUAUCCAAUUUGCUCCUUGUCCUUGGUUCUUCGCUCCUGUGUGGUGGGCUUGCAAAUACGGGCAAGGAGCGUCCACUAGACAGGAGACAAGCAGAUGUAAGCAUAGGUCUUCUAAUUCUGGGUGUGCUCUGCCAUAUCUUACCUCUAUUGUCUAAAUACACCAAUGGCACUGGAGAUGGCAUAAGUUCAGCAGGUUCGGUUCUGGAAUUAUCAAGAUUAAGUGCCAUUGUAAUGCUCACUGCCUACUUUGGAGGCCUCGUCUUUCAGCUAAAAACCCAUCGACAAAUUUUUCAACAAGAGGACAGCUCAGAGAGCAGCAGCACUAGAAGUGAUGAUGAUGCUAGUUCAGUUAUAGGAUUUGCCAGUGCAGUGAUCUGGUUGAUUGGAAUGACCGUUGUCAUUGCUGUACUAUCUAAUUACGUUGUCACAACAAUUGAGGAAGCAUCAGAGUCACUGGGUAUACCAGUCAGGUUCAUCAGCAUUAUCCUACUUCCUAUUGUUGGAAAUGCUGCAGAGCAUGCAGGUGCUAUCAUAUUUGCUUUCAAGAACAGAAUUGACAUCACCCUGGGAAUUGCUCUUGGUUCAGCUACUCAAAUUUUGCUGCUUGUGGUGCCCAUCAUUUUGAUUGUAUCCUGGGUGAAUGGCAUCCCUAUGGAUCUCAACUUGAACCUUCUUGAGACUGGAUCAUUGGUUAUGACUGUAUUUACAACUGCAUUUACACUACAGGAUGACAAAUGGCAUUACUUGAAAGGCUUCAAUUUGACACUUUGCUAUGUUGUAAUAGCAGUGUGCUUCUUCACCAUAAAGGCCCUCCCAACGCCAAAGAAGUUACAUGCUUGAGCUGCUCAAGGAGAUGCUGCCCCGGUUUGGAACGAAAUCUAGGCAUCUCAGCUCAAGGAAUCAAAGUUAGUGGACUGGCGUUCCAUCAAGCUAUAAUUGAACAUGCCGGUGACCAACAUAGUUGACGCUACAUUCGACUGUUCAUUUUGUGGAAGUAUUGCUGAAAAAUGCGUCUCAAUCUAUUGUUUUCUCCCCUCACAUUACUGACAAAUUAAGUGUGGCCGACUGCUCCAAGGAAGCUAAUUUAGGAAGUGAUGUAAUUAUGGUUUUGGCAUGCAUAUGUUUGUUAGUGCCUGGUAGAUACCUUGUGUGAUUCUCGACCAACUGCCACUACUAUAAUGAUUGAGUUGUCCAAUCUCAAGCGGCGUAGUUGCUCAAGUGUACCCUCAACAGUCAACACUCUGCCUAUCAUAAUCAGUUUGGGUGUCUUUUGGCUAAAACUAAGAAUGUGUUCUAAA